CACCGCGCUGCGCCGGGGCGGGCUGAGCGCCGGUGCCCGGGAGGGAGCCGGGCCGGGGCUGGGGCGGCCCCGAAGGGGUUAAGCCGGGACCUGCCGCCGGGACCUGCCCAGCCAGCCCGGCAGCUCGCAGCAGGCAGCGGGCGGGCUGCGGCCGCCUCCAGCCCGCUCACACCGGCUCCGGCUCCGGCUCCGCCACCGGCUCGGCGGGGCCGCGCAGGUAAGCGAGGCUGCACCGGUGAGGCUGCGGCUGUGAGUGCUCAUCCCUUCUCCAUCAUCCCUGCCCGCCGCCGGGCACCGCGCAGCCAUGACGACCUCGGCACUGCGCCGGCAGGUGAAGAACAUCGUGCACAACUACUCGGAGGCAGAGAUCAAGGUGCGGGAGGCCACCUCCAAUGACCCCUGGGGACCCCCCAGCUCUCUGAUGUCAGAGAUCGCCGACCUCACCUUCAACACCGUGGCCUUCGCCGAGGUCAUGGGCAUGAUCUGGCGGCGCCUGAACGACAGCGGCAAGAACUGGCGUCACGUCUACAAAGCCCUCACCCUCCUGGACUACCUCAUCAAAACCGGCUCCGAGAAGGUGACCCACCAGUGCCGGGAGAACCUGUACACCAUCCAGACGCUGAAGGACUUCCAGUACGUGGAUCGGGACGGCAAGGACCAGGGCAUCAACAUCCGGGAGAAGGUGAAGCAGGUGAUGGCGCUGCUGAAGGAUGAGGAGCGGCUGAAGCAGGAGCGGGCGCACGCGCUGCAGACCAAGGAGCGCAUGGCCCUCGAGGGCAUGGGCAGCGGCAGCCACCAGGUCGCCUAUGGCCGCCGUGCAUCUCCCUAUGGCGAAGACUAUGGCCGGGCACGGGGCUCACCCUCCUCCUUUAACUCAUCAUCCUCAUCCCCACGGUUCGCCUCUGACCUGGAGCAAGCGAGGCCCCAGACAACGGGUGAGGAGGAGCUGCAGCUACAGCUUGCGCUGGCCAUGAGUCGGGAGGAGGCAGAGAAGAAGCCACUUCCAAUUUCCAGCACAGAUGAAGAAAGGCAAUUGCAGCUCGCGCUCGCGCUGAGCAAAGAGGAGCACGAGAAGGAGGUGAGGGCUUGGCAAGGGGAGAACUCCCUGCUGCAGAGAGGUGCGGAGGAGGCUGCCCAGGGCAGGGAGGAAGAGGAGGAGGAAGAUAAGAUGAAGAAAAGCCAGUCCUCUAUCCUGGAGCUGGCAGAUAUAUUCGGGCCGGCACCAGCCCCUUCCAGCCACACGUCUGCUGACCCAUGGGAUAUGCCAGAUAUGAAACCCAAAGCGGAGCCGGCGGCCUCUGCCUGGGCCGGUGCUCCUGACCCAUGGGUACCGGUCCCAGCCGGUGGUGGGGAGCCCCUGUCCCAGGCGAGCGCCUCAUCCCAGCAAACCUCAGCUGGGCCCUGGGACUUCCCCCCCAGCACCACGGCAGCCUCCGACCCCUGGGGGAAGGCGCCUUUGUCUUCUGGCUUCCCUGCUGCGGACCCCUGGGUGACAGCAUCCCCCCCUGCCCAGGGCCCUGCUCCUACGCCAGCUCCCGACCCUUGGGCCCCGGUGGCCGAGCAACCUCCUAACCCUGCUCCAGGGGGGGAUGCUUUCGACCUCUUUGCAAAGCCGCCCGAGCCCGCCGAGCCGCCGGAGCAGGACCCCCCACAGCCGCCCUCCUCGGCCAAGUCCAACAGCCCCGUUGAGCUGGACCCCUUCGGUGACCUGUUCCCCAGCACCAGGCAGGAUGGGGCGAAGAGCUUCGACCUCGCCAACCUGGCUGACUCCCUGCCUGAGUCCGGCAAGGAGCGGAAGGACUGUAAAACCCCCGAGGCCUUCCUCGGCCCCGCCGCCUCCUCCCUGGUCAACCUGGACUCCCUGGUCGCACCUACGCCGGCCUCCAAGACGCGCAACCCCUUCCUCUCGGGUCUGAGCACGCCGUCCCCCACCAACCCCUUCAGCCUCGCCGAGCAGCCCAAACCGACGCUGAACCAGAUGCGGACCAGCUCCCCGGUGCCCAGCCUGCCCGCCGGCCUCCCCAACAACUCCAUGACCUACAGCACAUCCCUCCCGCUGCCCCUCAGCAGCAUCCCCACCACCUCCGCUGCUCUCCCCGCAUCCGCCAGUGCCUUCCCGCAGGCUGGCACCUUCCCCCCCGAACUCCCCGGCAACCUGCCGCAGCCGUUACUGCCGCUCGGUGGAGCCCCGGCCCCGCCGCCCGCUCCGGGGGGGCUCAACCCCUUCCUCUGAACCCUAUGGACAAACAAACAGACUCUCGCUCCUUCCCCGCUGUUACACCCCCCCCCCCGGCCUUUCCCCCCCCAAGACCUCGGAGCUCCGGCGGUUCGCUCCCUGCACGGGUCAGUGCCACCCAUGCCAGCCCCUGCCUGCCGUCGGGGGAGCAGCAGCAUGAGCCCCGCGCUUCACCGGCGACAGGGAACCCCCUGCCCCUGCCCGGGGGGGCCCAUCCGGAAAGGCUGAGGAUGGGGGCUCGGUGCAUGGGGU